GUUCCAUGAACGAAGAAAUUAUCUUGACCUUUUAAGCUUUAUUUGUCAUGAGUGGGAACAAUAUUGUGGAUGAAGACGACGUCGACGAGUUUCUUUAUGGACCCUCGGCCGCCUCAGAAUCUCGUAAAGACGACGUGAGCAACUACGAAUCAGGACCUGCCACUGAAAGUGACCGAAAAGAUACCUCCCAAGAAUAUGACGAAGACUUGUAUCAACUUUACAAAGGAAGCACCGCCAAUGAAGCACAGGAAAUGGGAGAAAAACAGAAUAGCAAGGAUGAAAGCGAAAACGAACCUUCUACGAAAGAAGAAUCAGCGCACGAUGAAAAUGAAGAGGAAAACAGUGACAGCGAUGAUGAUCUGGAGAUUAUAUUGGAACCAGAGGAAAUAGAAGCCACGAGCUCUUCUCAACAAGCCCAAGGACAACAGACCAGCAGUGAGAACGGAAAAGGAACUUCAGUCGUGAAUCUUAAACCGGGUCAGCAAGGAAAAUCAUCGUCUACACCCCAAACCAAUAACGCCACAAACGAAACCAGCACCGGCACCAAGGGCACAGCAGGUGGUAUUGAUUUAGAGGCUGUGGGCGAAUUUAACGGACAACCCAUCACCGAAGUCGAUCUGGAUAUGGUGGAAGAUAAACCUUGGCGAAAACCCGGUGCAGAUAUCACCGAUUUUUUCAAUUACGGUUUCAAUGAAAUUACCUGGAGAGCCUAUUGUGCGAAACAAAAGAUGUUGCGAGAGAACAAAAAGAUGAUGGGAGAUAUGGAUAUGGCAGACUUUAUGCCAAUGAAUAUGAUGAUGAAUCCGGCCAUGAUGGAAGCUGCUAUGCCUAUGGGUAUGGGUGGGAUGCCUAAUCCAAUGAUGGGCAUGCCCAUGGGAAUGCCGCCCCCAGUGCCUAUGCCACCCACAUCAGGCGCCGGUAGUCCGGGCAUGCGUGGUAAUCGUCCCGGCAAUUUUAACCCGAGAGCAGGCGGUCGACCAGGGAUGCCCAUGGGUCGAUUAAAAGGCUCAGGAGGCGAUAAUGACAGAGAUGGAGAUCCAAAUAGUAUGAAUAUGGAAGGCGAUGAUGGUUUCAUGCGGAUGGACUUUCCAGGUCAAGGGGGUAUGCCGAUGAACAUGUUCCCUCCAGAUAUGCCAGUCGGACCGAUGGGUAUGCCAUUCUUUCCCGGCGGCGGAUCGCCCAUGAAUUUUGAGGGUGGCGAUUUCCGUGGUGGUCGCACCCCAAUGCGAAACAGUGGUAGCCCUGCUCCCCGUGGAUCAAUGACGCGGGGGAGUCCCGGACAUAGCUGGAACUCUCGUAACAACCAGCCAUCCAAUGCGCCAUCAGAUGACGGCCGUUCAGAACACCGUUCCAGCUCAAAUGAUUCAAGGAAACGUCAAAUGAAUUCUUCCUCCAGUCAUGACAGCAGUUAUCACAAAAAAUCACGUAACCGAUAGAUGCUCUCAUUUUUUAUACAUAUCCCUAUCAUUUCCCCUCUUGUUUCUCCUCUUUCUACAAUUUUUUUGAGUCACCCUUUCUUGCCUCUUGACAUUGACAGAUUUAUGUUAUUCUUUUUACCUCCACACAGUUGAAUUGUUUUAAAAUAUGGCUAAACCGGGCAAACUCAAUGUUGCAUUGGACGAAUCAAUGGUUCGCGUACAUCUGCUGUAUUGUAAUACGUAACUGUCUAUGGUUUUUUGACAUCGAGCUUUCUUCCAUGUAACCUUGAUCGAUGAACAUGAUACAGUACUGAUAAAAAAACCAGAGAGUAUUUGGAUAAUCCCAUUUCGUUAUUUUUUUUUUUUUAUCUACAAGUUUCUUUCAAAGCAUCAGAUAAAGAUACAAAUUCAAAGAAUAUGAUAGGUGCUAAAUAAAAAAAAACUUUUACACA